CAUAGUGACAUUUAAUGUUGACGUCUCUGUGGUACCAGAUCAUUGCAUUUAGUCACCCUUUCUUCAUUUAAUUUUGGUGUGCCAAAGAGAUAAACGACUAAACAAGAAUGGUGUGCGGUGGUUUUACUUGUUCGCGGCAUUCGCUCAUCAUUCUGAAUGUCAUUUAUAUCAUUGUCUCCUUUGUUCUGAUUGGAGUAGCGGCAUACAGUCGAGUGGCAGCCGUCAUCACCAGCAUCAGUCUGGUGGGGAGCCUGAUUGCAUGCGGAGUCUUCCUCUUCCUCAUCGCCCUGGUGGGUCUGCUCGGGGCCAUCAAACACCACCAGGUCCUCCUGUUCUUCUACAUGAUCAUCCUGUUUGUGCUAUUCCUGCUGCAAUUCUCCCUGGCCUGCGCCUGUCUGGCGGUCAACACUGACCAGAAGGACUCGCUGGCCGAGCAAGGCUGGCGUAUGUCGGGCGCGGUCACCCGCACGCAGGUACAGAGCCAGUUCAACUGCUGUGGCUUCAAAGAUCAGGAUCUGAACGUGGAGGAUGCUCUGGGACACCCGCCCUGUGCCGCGGUGAGCGAUUGCUGUACAGCAAACGAGGAGGCCCCGUGUUGCACAGGCGUGUACCCCCCGGCCAACUCGACGGAGCCGGAUGUCCCCUGCCCGUGCGACACGUGCUUCAGCAAGCUGCAGCCGGUCAUCUACAAGGCCUUCUCAGCCACGGGUGGCGUUGGCCUCUUUUUCAGCUUCACUGAGAUCAUCGGCGUUUGGCUGGCCAUGCGGUAUCGCAACCAGAAAGAUCCCAGAGCCAACCCCAGCGCUUUCUUGUAACCCCCGGCGACCAGUGUUUGUGUGUUGACCCCCGUCUGGAGUGUUCUCUCUCAUCUUCCCACCCCUCGCUGACCUCUAAACUUUGCGUGAUGGGACCUGCGAGGAGUUUCUAUAUGGCAGUCAUUCCAUAUGUAUAUGUGUGUGUGCGUGCUUGUGUAAAUGUGAUUGAGUUUUUUUUUUUGUGUGUUAAGAUGAAUAUAAAUGUCACAUUUUGUUUUCAUUCCUUCUCAUUUCUGACCUGUGAAUAAGAUACAGCUAGUUAAGAUUGAGUCUCAGCAUGAGUGUGUGUCUGUGUGUGUUGGGGGGGGAGAUCUGUACUGUAUUGAGGAGUUUUCAAUUCAAGAAUAGAAAUGCACUGCAUUCAAUCAUUUGUGAAAAUUUACUGGCCAGUAAUGAACUUAAGGAUAUAGCAAGGCUUGCAGGUGGCUGUAGCACAAGUGUGAAGGCUUUCUAUUUCUCAAACUAGGCUGUUGUGCUACAGUCAUUGACUCUUUAACAUUUAUAGUGAAGAGAUUAGAUGUAGUGGAAGUAGUGUCUUCCUUGUCAUUUUGUCACUGACAGUGCUCUUAGUCUUGGGGGGUGUCUCCAACGUCAUUUGACUCUGAUCUCACGAGUACUCAUAACUCAGAGGUGACAGUGACCUUGCAUAAUCAAAUCAAUAUUUUGAUUUCCUUAUUCCGUAAUCACACAUUGAAAACAAAAUGGAAAUACUCGUACUGUGAAUGCAAGCGUGUAUUUGUCAGUUGUUCAUUAUGUGUAAUUGUCUGAUGAUGCCUGUUGUGUGCUCCCAUGGCAUUUUUCAUUUGCUGCGUGUUAUAUUGCCAAACGCAUUUUCUCAUGACUCUUUGGUUCAUACAUUUAUGUGUGCAUUCUUCUGUAUAUGCAUACGCUUUUGUGUAUGAAUGUGAGCAACUUUUCUCUACAUGAGAGAGAGAAUGUUAGAAAAAUAAUUUACUAGCAUCUGGAUGUGUAUUUGUGUGUUGUCAUGAACUGUAGAAAGAUACGGAGAAGUGGUUGCCUCUACAAAAGCUUAUCGUAACUUUGUUGUAGAGUAGUAGAGAGUGGCAUGACAGAGGGUGUGAUGAGAGAGUUUGUCUUGUGUUUUGUUUUUGAUAUCUGUUUCAUUCAUCUGCCUCUGUGGACCAACACGAUAUGCAUCAGGAUGCGUGGAGAAGCCCUUGACACUUACGAUGUUUUGCUUUAUCUUUUUAUGGAACGUUUAAUUUUUAUCUUGCAGUAUUUUUUGUUUCUGUUAUUUAGGUAUUUAAUGAAAGGGCCAUUGGGUUUGUUUUUUUGCAUUUUUGAUUUGGUGAUAUUGAUAUUGUAUGUGUUGGGAGUGUGGUGAGUCGGUGCACAUUAAUUUAUUCUAGCUGUGAGAGGAUGGCAGUGAGAAUACGCUGUGGUUUUGCCUUGUGUGUGAAGAUAUUUGUUGUUUUUGCACUGUGUGGGGAAAAUGGUAAUUCAUUUUUACAAAGUGUAUCGAGAUGGCAUUUUCUCAAUAUCAUUGUCUUGUUCUUUGAUUUAUUUGAUUUUUUUUUUUUUGUUCUUUAAAAUCUUUUGAAUAAACAGUAUAGUGUAAGAUGUGGAGCGUGGUAGCUUGACCUGAAGAUUUCUGGUUUCCUGUGAUUUUUCUCUAAAAGGACAAGAAGGAACCAUCUUUCUGCUCUUACUCGUAUAUAUGCAUGCUCUUUGACACUCGCUUGUAACAAGUUUAUCUCUCCCAGUCAGUCUGUCCUUAAGUGUUGCAUGCUUUCUGCAUAUAUUUAACAGCAGUGUGCACAGUUUUUGCAGUUGUUUUGGGGGUUUUUUGUUGACAGUUCAGAGACCAAGGUAUUUGGGGAUGCAGUUGCUGACCCAAUUGUGUAGCCAGUGUGUGAAUUUUCUUUUGUUCUUUUGUCAGCGUCUUGAUUGGUCUGAAUACAUGUUGUGGUUUUGUUUUGCCACAUUACUUUUUCAAAAAGUUUUUUUUCAUUUGCUGUACUAUUUUCCGUGAAUCUCAUCCACAUCUUAUAUUUAUCUGUCUGCUACUGAACACGUUUUGUCGUUGGUUUAAUGAUAUGAAAAUCUUUGGAAGGUUCUGAGUUGGGAGCUGGUAAAUUUUUUUGUUGUUCAGCAUUGUGGUAAAUUGGUUUCAAGCGAUUUCGGUCAUGUUUGAAGACUCUGGAACUUGUAACAUUGUGGUAGAGACGAGGAUGGAGUCAGGAGCUUUCGAGGAUGACACUCGCAAAAUAAAAGAAUAUGAAAUAUUAUUCAA